AUGCCUCCAUCGAAGAAAGCAAAGAAGGCCACUGAUACCCCUGGAGCUUCGCCCUCAGGCUCUUCUGCUAAGGAGCCUCGUAAGCGAGGCGCGGGCGAAGCCUCCGCCUCCGAGGAGCCUGCAACUAAGCAGCGCAAGAAGAUCAUGAGCCUGAAGGAUCAGCCAAUCCCCCUAACUUCCUUUGCUUCCGUCAAGGACCAAAAUGAUAAGGACAUCAUGUUCUUAUUUGCCUGCAUUCAGUACUCUGAUAUACAGAACCCCAACUACCGCGAAAUCGGAAACCAGCUGAACAUGACCUACAUGUCUGCUAGCGGCCGUUACAACACCAUCCGCAAGCGUGUCAUGCGCAUUGUGGCUGCCUCUACCCAGGGUUCUGCGGCUAGCCAGGAAUCCGCCCCCACUCACGAACAUGAGACUCAUGACUCCGACAAUGACACGGCUAACAAAGACCCGGCAAUCAAGAGUGAGCCUGUCUCGGAGUCUGGCUCUAUUGAGGAAGCGAUUCCAGACGCCAGCCAUGAUCAGAAAGAUCCGGCCUAUUACCCCCCAGGAGCAGGAUUUUGA